UUUGGGCCCUGACCGCGGUUGAGGGUGGAUGUGCGUCCGCUUCCAGGGCGGUGUCUAUAGAUAGUCGAGUUGCUCUUCCAUUCGCCGAAGUUUAGUCUGUGGCGUUCGCUGCGGGUUAUUUGUUUUCCCCAAAAUAACAUUAGCUUCUGAAGAAAUCGGUAACGUGGCGCGACCCAAGAAUCAAAAAGUUAUCUCCCCUAGCGAUCUCUUUGAAAACAAAUUCGAAGAAUCAAAGAUACAAAUCAUCAAGUCGCGAAAUAUCUUUAUGGUGCUAAACAUUUGACUCAGACGAUAUGGAGGGUUUGAACGAAACGCUUAAAGUAGCGGUUGUGCUUCUGUUAUGUUUGAUCCAGGCAGGAUUAGUGUCCGCUACACCGCUUCCUACACAAGACGACCAAGGCAGCGACAGGGAAGGGAAGGGCUUCCUUGGGUUUUCCUUCUUUGCACCUCCUGCCCGGGUUGAGCCUCACCAGUGCAUUGCAACGAACGGAUUGCUGACGAUCGGCACUUGUUACAACCAACAGUCUUGCACCGACAUAGGCGGUGUUGACUCGGGCAGCUGCUCGACUGGUGGCGUUUGUUGUGUCCUGCCAUCGGUAUGCGGAAGCGUCGUGGCUCGCAACAGAACUUGGUUCGUCAACAAGGAUUUCCCUGAGAAGUCCAGAGAUUCGGGGGACUGCACCAUUACUAUCAGAAAGGAAAUUCCUCGCAUUAAACAAGCAAGAUUGGAUUUCCAUUCAUUCCAACUGGCUAGUUCCCGUCAAGGACGUUGUCUGGACGAUAUGUUUGAAGUUUCCACAAAGACGAACGUUAAUGGAAGAGAAGAGAAAGUAGAAAUAGCGCCAAAACUCUGCGGCGACAAUACUGGUCAGCAUGUGUACGUUGACAUUGAGCACGGAGAUGCUGAAGUUCACGUGAAGUUGGGUUCAAGCGUCCAUUCGGAAAACAGAGAAUGGCGCGUCUUCAUAACUCAACUUGACGAAACGCUCGCAGCACCACGAGAUUGCCUGCAAUACCAUACGGACGCUUCUAAAAAGGUCAAAUCUCUCAACUUUGACGGGGACGAUGACUUUACGGGUGACCUCAACUAUGACAUUUGCUUCACCAAACUACAGAGGUCAUCUGACCCUGGAGAGUCGUGUAAGCGUAAGGUUUCCAAUGUGGAGAUUGACCAGUCCCCAUCUGUUCGUCAGGUUAGAAAGAGAAAUAAGAGACGCCGUAUUGCCCGCAGCUCUGAAAGUCGAGAACUCCCUCUCUAUUCAUCACCAGAGCAAUCACUGGAAGACAAGCAAGUUAGAGAAGCCAUUUCAGAUGUGAUUGGUCAAAUUUCAAGGACAAUUGAUAUUGAAAAGGAGGAAGGAUCCUUAAAUAAGGGGUCCAGUCAGCCAGAUAAAAAAGAACUAAAUGAUGAAGAACGACCUCAGCAAAACAAUGUUAAGGUUAAAACAGACGCUGACAGCACUGACAACGCCUUUCCCAUGCUCUAUUCGGCUGGUAAUGAAGCAGUUAUCAGCCAGAUUCAACAAGUGGUCUUACAAUUACAGCAAGAACAACUUGGCCUAGGAGGAGGUGGUGGGGGACAAUUUGGUUUUGGAGGGAUGGUUAUAAACACAGAUGAAGACUCAGUCAUGUCCAGCACUCAUAUGGAAGAUGUUGAUUUAACAACUUCACUUCCUUCCACUGAGGAAAUAUCAAAUUCCCCACAACUAACAAUCAGAGAAAACUCAUACAUUUUAUCAUCUGAUGACAAUAUCACUGGCAGCGAUCAUGGCAUUAUGACUAGUCUACAUACCAGUGAAAUUGACAGUUCAGUCAACAGUGUUUCCAAUAUUGUUAAUGAACUGUUGACAAACCAUGUUACUCAUACAACAGAAACAGUGUAUCCACUAACUGAUAAUCUAGCAGUUGAAGGCAUAGUAAUUGAAACUACUCUUUUGCCAGAAGAAGUAAUGAAAAACAUCCUUGUUACAGAAUCCCCAGAUAAGGAAACGGUACCUAUAAACAAUGAACAAGUCAUGGAUGCUAUGCCUGCAAGUAGCGACAGUGAAGAUAAACCUACCACCAACAGUAGCACCAUUGUGACAACCGAAAGUUCUUCAAUGACUAGUGAUGAUUUAGAUUAUCUUGAGUCAGAAACAACUGAAAAUAUUCAAGAAAAUCUCGAGUUGUCAAAAGUCACGACUACAGAAGGUUAUGAGGAAACUGGCAUUUCUAACUCUGCACAUAUUGAAGCACUCUCUGCUUCUGAUGAUGUACUCUUAAUAGAAUCUCACAAUAAAUCAGAGCCUGGACGUCCACAGGCUGAAAUCACGGUGCUGGAUCCUGAUUCUGUGAAAGUACAUGGGGAUCUUAUCAUCAAGGAUGGACAAAGUAAUGAAAAUGAGAACAGCAAAGUACCAACAGCUGAAGUCACAACUAAAAGUGUACUUGGAGUGACAAGUACAACAACAGAUAAACUGCCAACGGUUAACACUGAAGACAUCACAACAGCAUUCACAGUCAUGAUGGAAAUGGAACAACCAAUUGUUGAGAAAGAUGACAACCAUCCACUUGAGAGUGGAGAGAGUAGCAGUAAAGAUUCAACUCCAAUAGUAACUAAUGGCAUUGCAGGGGAUACUGAAACUAAUGCUGAAGAUCAGGCCAAUGGCGGUAUUCAGUGGCUCAUACUUGAUGAUGGUAGUUCCGACGUCAAAGAAGUCAGUAAACAAGAAGUUUCCCUACCACCUGAUGUGAUAGUUUCUUCUGACAUAGGAUUUGGAUUUUACAAUGAAGGCACAGAAAAUUCACCACUACCAUCAACCAACAAAAAGAAUGGGGAACAAAGCUUUGGUAAUCUUGCUGAAGACACUGAUUUACUGGAAUCGGAACUUAAUGUGAGUAAUGAUAACGAUGAUAUGAUAAACCCAGAUCAUUUUAGUAGUGAAAGUCCAGUUUCCAUAACUUCGUCUCCUGCACCUUCUAGUACUAUUAGUACUACUGUGGCUUCUACUUCCCUUACAACUGAUAUUACUUUCUCUUCUACUGGUGCUGCUACUUCUACAAUUAUCUCUUCCACAACAACUGUCACCACCACUCCCACUAGUGCUUCCACUACAACCACCACGACUACGCCAUCUACUACUUCCACAACAACUACCAUGACUACUCCAUCUACUACUUCCACAACAACUACCACUGCUGAUCAACCAGAAGGGACUUCACAUGACCAAACAAUUGGAAAUAAUAUAAAUAAUGUAGAAGAUUUAUCUACAUCUUUAGAGAAUAACAGCCAUUUUGAUAAUGAAGUGGAAAAAACAGAUGAAACGAAAGAAACAGCUAUGAUUGAAGAAGACCAUAUGCUACAUGAAGUUGACAAUUCUAGUAAUGUGGAAGGAGAGAAAACACUAGAAACAGUAGAGAGCAAUAUAUCUGGAAAUGAAGCUACUGCUAACUCAGUCCCAGAAGCCAUUAUGUUUGAUACAGAAAAUAGUCUGCCUGCAACAGUUCCUGGCAGUGUAUCUAACGCAGACACUAGUAAUGUUCUUGGCACGAUUCAUACUGGUGCAUCAGAAACAACUGAAAACGCUGAGUAUGAAAUAAAUAUUGAUGACUCAGCUGAUACAGGGGAAGCAAAACCCACCAAUAUGUCUGAUGCUGGGGAGAUGGAAAUAAAUAUCUUUUCUGAAACAGAAGCUGGCAAUAUUUCAGAUUCUUUGGUAAAAGACAGCAUUUCGCACAUAAAUGACAAACAUUCUUCAGAUGAUCAAGAAUCUCAUCUAGAGGAUAAUACAACUGGCGAUAUGACACCUACCGAAGAUGAUAACGUUCCAGAAAAUGAUAGCCAUGUCAGUUCUACAGUGCAUGCUGAGCAUCCCCCCAUCAACGAGGCCGUCCUUGUCCUCUCAGCAAAUGAGGAACCUGUACAUCAGGUGGACAUUUCCAUAGCAGCUGAGCCUGUUACUGUUACUGUGGCUGACACCAACACUGAAAGUAGCAUUGUCAAUGAAUUGGAUGCCAGUGUUGCGGACAGUGAAGACACUCUUCUCGUAAGCUACCCAUCAGACGAGGAACGAUGCGGUGGAUCAUUUUUGAAAGUUAGAGAGGACGUUAUCUGUGGAGGACUCCUUAGGCAAGAAGCAAUUGAAGAAAAAGAUUACGAAGAUGAUCGGUUCGAUGAUGUAGAACGCAUAAGCGUUCGAUCCAUGGAAGGUGCAACUCGAAGUUUGAGGUUCCAGCUUCAGUAUGAGACAGAUUGUCCCGAAAUGAAGGUAGAAACCACAACCGCACCACCCGUCAGAAAGACCGUGACACUCCUGCAGUACCUUCUUGGGUGGUAUCGAUAGCUGAAGGGCGCGAUGCCUAUCUCUUCAGAAUUUUUUGGAAAGAGGUCUUAUUUCCAAAAGCUUGGAGUAGGAAUUUUACGCAGAGCAUUAAUGUAUAUCGGUCCGCAGAACAAUUUAGUGUUCCAGUGUCUGCAAAUUAUAGCAAACAGAUUAAGGGUGCCAUGAUACAAUAGAUAAAACUAUAAACGUCAAUGUUGUCAAAAUAUGUCAGUUCUGGGAUUACGUCUAACAGACAAAAUAUCUCAUACUACAUGAUAUGAAUUAUAUUCUUCUACAAAUUAAAAUGAAAUAAAUAAGAUAUAACAUUUCUAGAGGAGUUCAAGUAUAAAAUGCUCCUAGAUUCUGAUAUUCUUGUAGCGCAAUUGAUUCUGUUAUUGGUGCGUUUAUACAUCACAAUCAAUACAUAAAAAAACAUCCCUCUGAUUCAGUUCUGAGCAUUAACUUGAUUAAAGAUCACUAGACCAAUGUCGCAUGAAG